AUGGGAAACGACACGACAAAAAUACAAGAAACAAAGACCUAUCUUGAUAAGAAAUUUAGUAUCAAAUAUUUAGGUUCGUUAAAGUAUUUUUUGGGAAUUGAAGUGGCUAAUACAUCGAGUGGAAUGAUUCUUAGUCAGAGAAAGUGUACUCUUGACAUAUUAAAAGAUAAUGGAAUGAUGGGAUAUAAGCCGAGUUCUUUUCCGAUAAAGCAAAACCUUCAAUUGGAUCAGUGUGCAGAUAGUCCAAAUAUUGAAGCAAGUCAGUUUCAAAGGCUAGUUGGUCGCUUAUUGUAUCUGCAUGCUACAAGACCCGAUAUUCCAUAUGUUGUAAAUUUGUUAAAUCAGUUUGUUUCCAAUCUAAGACAAAAACACAUGGAUGUGGCCAUGUGUCUCUUGCGCUAUCUUAAGGAAACCCUUGGUCAGGGUAUUCUUUUGCCCAAAGAUGGAGGAACUAAACUUGUUGCUUAUUGUGAUUCUGAUUGGUUAGGGUGUGCUUUCACAAGAAGGUCACGAACUAGAUACUUGAUACUUUUGGGAGGAGCGCAAAUUUAUUGUAAAACAAAAAAGCAGACAGUAGUUUCCCGUUCUUUUACUGAGGCAAUGUACAGAGCAAUGGCACAUGCAGUUAGUAAAGUUUUGUGGCUUCGUUGGUUACUUAAAAUCUUGAAAGUGGCACCCACUAAAGCCAUUUCACUCUUUUGUGACAAUCAGGCAACUAGAUACAUUGCUAACAAUCCAGUUUUCCGUGAACAAAUUAAGCAUGUAGAAAUGGAUUGUUUCUUUGUCGAGGAACGAGUUGAGACUCAAGAGAUACGGCCAGUUUUCAUAAACGCAAAAGAACAAUUGGCAGAUGUUUUUACAAAUGUCUUGGGAGCUAUCAGACUAAAGGAUUUACUGGUCAAGUUGGGCACAUGCAAUUUAUAUGCUCCAAUUUGA